GCAUUAUCCUCUUCGUGACCGGACUAUAGCAGCAUCUCUCCCAGCUAGCCUUUUCUGUCCAGCUUGGGUCCAGUGGGUUUCGCUGAUUCCCCAGUACUGCUAAGUUGUAUCUCCUCAUUUCCGUUGUUAUUUGACUUGUCUUCCCGGUUUCCCACAUUGUUCGAACGUUCCAUGUACCUAUAAAAAUUUUUGCUCUGGUUGUUAGAAGGGGCAUCGGCCUCGUGGCUUCCGAAGGAACUCGGCUUUCACCAUGAAGCGUCAUAAUUCUUCUAAAGGAAGACCUUCUAACUCCCAGGGCAGAGUUAAAAUGGUUUGGAUUAUUUUUUCUGGUAAGCGUUUUUAGCGAGUUAGUUUUCUACGGGAUGGGGACGCUAACCCCAUGCCCAACCCUCCUCCUUUACCCGGGCUUGGGACCGGCAGUAACUCUGGAAGAGCUAUAGGCGGAGUUGUCUUUCACUAUGAUUAGUAUUAUUCUCUGUCUAUUUUGUAACAUCCAAGUCACGCAUGUUAGUCUCUGUAUUCUAUAAUCACCUUCAAAAAGUAUUCUUUUUCACCAAUUUCAGCAUGAGUAUCUAAGCCUUAUCGUUGUAAUAAGUUAAAUAUGACUCAGAACCGCAUAUAUAGACCACUUGUGCCUGCUAACCGAGUUCAAACUACUACUAUUAUUGCUAUUCAUCACCAUAAUUUCAAAAUUAUUUAGAUUUAUUAAGCAGUUGUACAGCGAAUGUGACAAAUUUAAUAUUCUCCAACCUUUUGAAUUACGAGUAGCCUUAAUUCCUUAAUCCAAAUAGUAAUAUGCAAAUUAAUUAAACAAACUCUACUGAUAAACUAAUCUUCAUCAAUGAAAUAUUCCGCUAGUUUAAAUCUAAAAAUUGUCCCAUAUACACUAAUAAAGUGUAUUACUCCCUGAUACCAGCCUUCAUUCGAUUCACAUAGUAUACAUAGUAAACACUUUAUAGUUUGCCUUGUAACAUUUCUUUACAUUUGUCCGUACUGUAUUUCUUGCAGUAAAACUGCAAUUAAAUGUCAGUGAAAAUCUGAUAUUUUGUCUCUUUUCUCCUCUUUUAAUGUUAUGUUUUCCGAGGAUGUUAUCUUUGUCGUGUAACCUAUGUUAGAACAGGAGAACCGGAAAUAGGCUCUUCUUAUAAACCUGUAUUUAAAGUUGUCUAUUAUCGUGGUAUACGUUUUCAUGUUUCAUCAAAUCAAAUCAGCAUGUUCACUGCGCCAUUAGAUCCAUCUUCAAUUGUGGCAGUUUUAAGUAAAUCACAUCAGUCCUUGUCAUCAUCUGUGGAUGUCAGUUUAGUUGGAAAUAAUAACAAUAAUAAUUCCAAUUCCGAAGCAGUUAUGAAAACAGCUGUUUCUGGUACAUUAUUGAAGGGAACGUAUGAAUGGUAUGAUCAUGAUUCUAUUGUGUGCACUUUACAUCAAUUUUCCGAUAAACAAAAUCGACCCCCAAUAAGGAGACGCCAACACUUGGGUCCUGUUGUUCCACAGUUAACAGUUACUUUCACAAUA